GCCUGCAGCAGGAGUCCUGAUCCGAACGAUUCUGACCCUGCCUGCUCCCUACCCCCCAUCUCCUUCCCUUCUCCAGCAGUGAUAUCCCAUUGGUUGACCAGCCCUCGGCUCCCUGGAGUAGUUUGCAGAAUCUAGUUACAUCCUCCCAUCGAACCUGCAAAGAUGGCGAAAGGAGAGUUUGCUACCAACUAUGACACUACAGAAAACCUCGUCAGACCGACAGACAUCGAGAGCUUUGCAAGGCGUACAAGGAAGUUGUCAAGCAGGGCCACUGCCGUCAUUUCUGCUGUGGCUCUUGUCAUGAUUAUCUGCGUCAAGGUUUCAGCUGCUGGGCAUGGGCUCAAACUCCAUGACAGCGAGGGAUUUCCCAUCUCUCUGGGUCAGAACGGAACGGCAACGGAGAAUGUUACCGACAUGAUCGACAACAUAGCGCAUGUUGAAGCGGAUGAAGACUCUGCUAAGAUCGACCCAGACGCGUCGUUUGUGGUGGGAUGGGACAAGUCUCACUGGAAGACAUCGGAUUGGGCAAGUUGGAUCAUCCCUGGCCCCAUCGUCACGAUUUUUGUCACGGGGUUUGUCUUCUACAUGUACGGGCCUGCAUGGGCUGCGGGUCUUUGCGCUGUCCUGGUGACUGUCGACGUUUUUGCGUUUUACAUGAACGCAUGAGAGCAUGCAAGUGCGCCAAUAAAUUCUCCUCAAAUGCU